AUGGCGGAGCAGUGUCGAGAGCCUCCUGAUAGGAGAGGGGGUAAUAGUAUGUCAUAUCCUGGAUGGAUGCUAGGACCAGAUGACCUAGGCGAGACACGGAUCCUACUAAUGAGAGCCAAACCUAAACCAGACAAGAAAGGUGAAGAACGACUUCCUUCUAAACCUUUCAUGAUCGCUCAAACAAUACAAUUGACCGUUGGAUCGAAAAUUCGCCCGUACUAUCCAUCGCCCAUGAUUUGCUUCCGCUGUGCAGAAUAUGGACAUGGAAAAAACAAAUGCCCUACUGAAAACCCGGUUUGUUUGAAAUGCUCUAAAAUGCACACCCUUGAAGAAAAUGAAACGUGCCAGAAUGAUCCAUAUUGUUUACACUGCCAAGGCAACCACUUUCCUAUGGCUAGAGAUUGUCCGAAAUAUAAAGAGGAAGCAGCAAUAAUCAAGCUGAAGGUCGACCAAGGUUUAUCCUUCGGGGAAGCCCGAACCAUCUUCAGGGAUUCAAUGAGGAAUACAACGUUUAAAAGCAUCGUACAACAACGUCUAUCGACAGAAGUUGAUGAAAAAGAUCGCACUAUCCAAAUCCUUCGGGAAGAAUUGGCCGCAGUCAAAAACGAACUACGAAAACUACAAGAAACGGUCACACAAAAAUCGAAUAUGGUCAGUACCGAUAUGAUCCGAUCGAAGCAAUCGUCAAACAAAACACGGUCAUCAUCCCCACGGGCACUUAGUAUCAGUCCAACCACUGACUCGAUUAUGAAGCCUUCCGGUAGUGAUAAAACCACUGAGCAAUCACCAAGAUUAUCCCGCAUAGAUUCAAAAGGAUCCUAUACAUCGAAUAGAUCAUACCAGCAAAAAGCUAAUCCACAACAUAACCGAAAUUUAAGUAAAAAAAGAACUACUACUCCUCCAAAACUUAAUGCCAAAAAAGGGAAAACCAACGGACCCCCAUUAAGUUGUGGUCCGUCUCCGAUGGAACAAUAA